AUGAAGAAGAAAACAGACUUGGAAAAGUCUCCCCAGAAGAAGAAAGGCUUGGAAAAGCCUUCCAACCAGAGAACCAUCAAAGACAAGGUCAAAGCUGCAGCUGAGGAGGCUGAAGGUGAUGCAGACCAGGGUGCUGCAAUCUUGCAUGGAUCUCUGUCCAAGCUUGAUAAGAGCAAGGGAACAAGGUACACCCCAGAAGAGCUGGAGAUGCAUCUCCAGUCUGGGAAGGUGAUCUGGAGAGAGUGCCCCUACACUUCUGGUACCUUUGAAUACAAAGAUAUCCAGAAUUGGCACAAAGCAAUCAACACAGCCAGACAGAAGGAAUGGCAGAGUGGUGUUGAGUUUGAGCCUGAGGAUGAGGACUUGGAAAAGUUCAUGGAGCUCUUCAGCACUGACUGCCAUUCCUUGUCUGUGGAUGAAGGCCUUGGAAAAGGUAGUGCCAAGGGCCUUGGAAAAGGCCAGGGGUCCCUUGGAAAAGGCAGAAGAGGCAGGGGCAGAGCCAUCAAGGAGGAGGAGGACAAGGAUGAGCCUGAUCCCCAUGAGAAGCUUGCCAAGGCUUGCAGGACUGCCAGGAAUAUGGUGUCUGCAACGCUGUCAGACUUGGAAGAAGCUUUGGAAAAAGCAGGUUCCAAGCUGACCAAAGCAGGCAAGACCACAGCCAAUGAUCUGAGCAAGGAGCUUGGAAAAGCUUUGCAGAAGAUCAAGACCUUGCUGACUGGAAAGUCAAAGCUGCAAGAUGACCCAGUGAAGGGGCAGCUGAUGGAGGUGGCUCAAGUGGUCAAGACUGCCAAGGAUGAAACUAAGAAGCUGCUGGCUUUGGGGGGUGCCUCCUCCUCCUCCAAAGCCAAGUGA